CGCGCGGGUGAUGCCCGGACCUGGGGAGGAGGGGAAGGAACCGAUUUAAGGGGGAGGCGGAUAGUGGUUCUGGGAGGGGUUCGGGAAGGUCCCCGCCGCUGCUCCGCAGAGUUCUGGGACCGCGGUUUCAUCAUGGCCGCCCCCGCCAGUGCGCAGAGUGCCAGCAAAACCUGGGAGCUGAGUCUGUACGAGCUGCACCGAACCCCACAGGAAGCCAUCAUGGAUGGGACAGAGAUCGCUGUGUCCCCCCGGAGCCUCCACUCGGAGCUGAUGUGUCCCAUCUGCCUGGACAUGCUGAAAAACACCAUGACCACCAAGGAAUGUCUGCACAGGUUCUGCUCUGACUGCAUCGUCACAGCCCUGAGGAGUGGGAACAAGGAGUGUCCAACCUGCAGGAAGAAGUUGGUUUCCAAACGUUCCCUCCGCCCCGACCCCAACUUCGAUGCUUUGAUCUCCAAGAUUUACCCCAGCAGGGAUGAGUAUGAGGCCCACCAGGACAGGGUCCUGGCCAAGCUCAGUCGGCUCCACAACCAGCAGGCCCUCAGCAGCAGCAUCGAGGAAGGGCUCAAGAUGCAGGCCAUGCACAGGGCCCAACGUGUCCGGAAGCUCCACCAGGAGUCGGACAACGCCACCUUCAGCGGGGGAGAGGACAACUGUGACACCAGGUCCCACCUCAGCAACACCUCAGCCCCGAGUCACCCCGAGGCUGGGCCCAGCCGGAAGCGUUCCCGAGCUUCUGACGAUUCCGGCCCUGAUCCCGAUCCCGAAACUUCCCACGAAGGGGGAGGGAGGGGAAGUCCGGAACCCGGGAUGGAAGCGGGAAGCAGCGAGAUUGAGUUGGUCUUCAGACCCCACCCACUGCUGGUGGAGAAGGGGGAGUAUUCCCAAACCCGCUAUGUCAAGACCACAGCCAAUGCCACAGUCGAUCACCUCUCCAAGUACCUGGCACUCAGGAUCGCUCUGGAAGAGACCCCAGGACCAGGGGGGGGUCCCGAGGGAGGGGGGGGGGGGGGGGGUGGAGGAAAUUUGGGGGGAGGGGGGGUGGGGGGUGUUGGGGGAGUGAGUGGGACCCCCGGUUUGGAGGAAGUGAGCGAGAAGCAGUACACCAUCUACAUCACCACCCCAAACACUCCCUUCACGACCCUCAAUGGGUCCCUGACCCUGGAACUGGUGAAUGAGAAGUACUGGAAGGUCAGCAAACCCCUGGAGCUCUACUACGCCCCCACCAAGGAGCAGAAAUAAAUUUGGGGGGGGACACACCCCCAUGAGACCCCCCUCACCCACGACCCCCUCCAGGAAUGAUUUGGGGGCUCCGGGGGGGUGGUUCCUAAAGGUGAUGCUGGAGCUGCUGUGGAGGGGACCCUCCCAGUGUGUGUGUUCCUCCCCUCAGUUUUCUGGGGGGGGACCCCCAGUGUGCAUGUCCCCCCCACCACCACCAAAUGGGGGGGGGGGGUGGGUUGGUGCACACACCUCCCCCCAAUUUGCAGUGGGGGGAGAAGGUUUUGGUGCACCCCAAAUGGAAUGGGAUUGCAGGGGGGGGGGUGACAGUCCCUGUGCCCCCCCUCC